AAAGCUUGUAUCAAAGACAUAUCCCGAUGCUGAUAUAAUAAAGGUUUAUGAAAAAGGUGUUUCCACGGAAAAUAUGUAUUUCGGUCUUAAUAAGUCGAGAAACGAUGCAGGCAUUACAUAUCUGCUGCCAGCACAAAGGACGUGCGCUUUAAUUGGUAAUGGAGGAAUAUUAUUAAAUAGCAGUUGUGGUGAAGAAAUCAACUCCAAUAACUUUGUCGUUAGGUGUAAUAUUCCAGUAAUAACGGGAUACGAACAAGACGUUGGAAAUAAAACAAAUGUUACAAUUGUAAAUCGAGCGACAAUGAUGCAACUUUACAGAAUGUCCCAUCGGCGAAAGCAAAAACAACUUCCAAAUUUUCUCAACAAUUACGUUUCAUUGAAUAACACCAUACUUUGGUACCCCGGGGUAUCGUCAGUGCCCGUAAGACAGCGUUCAAUUGCGUAUCUGAAAUCCAGGUUAAAUCUUGUAUAUGAAGUAGCAUACACCGCUCAAAGAAGCUUCAUACCAAAUGUAAAAAGAUUUCUACACUUACGUCGAUUACCAUCGACAGGACUACGGACAAUGGUUCUCGCGCUUUCAUUCUGUGACGUCAUCACAAUGUACGGAUUUUAUCCUCGUCUUCUGGACACCACUGGCAACAAGGUGCCCUAUCAUUAUUACGGCUCUAACGCGACGAUAGAUGACUUUAAAGCAGCACAUAACUGGAAGGCAGAAUUUUCACUGCUGGAAUCUUUACACAGAGACGGUACCGUGAA